AUGGCCACGCCCCUCGAGCCACCAGCGCUCAGCGCCAAGUUGGGUCAGGUCGUGUCAGGUCAGUGUCAGCCGGUGAUCAAGGAACACGUGGUGGCGCGGCGCAACGACCCCGCCACCCUCAACUGCGCCGCCUCCGGGGCCACCCGCAUCCGCUGGUACCGCGACGGUGAAGAAGUGACCACGUCGACGCAGGACCCACGCUCCCACCGGGUCGUUCUGCCGUCGGGCUCGCUCUUCUUCCUGCGCGUGGCCACCUCCAAGAGGGACAGCGACGCCGGCACCUACUGGUGCGUGGCCUCCAACAGCCACGGCGCCACGCGCUCCCACAACGCCACCCUCACCGUGGCCACGCUCGCCUACGACUUCCAGAGCCAGGCCGACCCCGUUCGGAUCUCCGUGUCUCAGGCGGGCGAUCUCGUCAUCAGUCAGGCCGUCGAGGAGGACUCGGCCUCCUACGUGUGUCGCGCCCGCAACGCCGCGGGCGCCCGGGAGUCCACGCCCACCAAGCUCACCAUCAUGACCUUCGUCCUCAGCCCUAACGGAGCUCUCUCCCCGCAGCGCCCGCCCUGGUUCGAGGAGCGUCCGGCGAACGUGACCGUCGCGUCGGGCGUGGUGGUGGAGCUGGCGUGCCGCGCCCGAGGCUCGCCCACGCCCACGGUCACCUGGCGGCGUCUCGACGGCAAGAUGCCGCUCGGCCGCGCUAUGAUCGAGGACCAACGGCUGGUGCUGGACCACGUGGCGGCUGCUGACUCCGGCGUGUACGUGUGCGAGGUGGAGAGCGAGGCGGGGAUCGCCGCGGCCCGGGCCACUCUCACCGUGAUCGACGCCCCCGAGUUCGCUCAGCGGCCGCAGGACGUCCAGGUGGUGGCUGGCCAGAGCGCCAGGCUCUCGUGCAAGGUCGAGGGCGACCCCAAGCCCCUCCUGCUGUGGCGCCUUCCCACCCAGGACAGGACAGCUCUGCUCGCCGCCGGCCAGAGCAGCGGCCACGCCUCCGUCGCCGACCAGGGCCAGACUCUCCUGCUCGGCGACGUCAGCACGCACGACAGCGGAGCCUACUACUGCUGGGGCGUCAGCAGCGGCGGCGGCGUCAGCGCCCGCUCGGAGGUGGUGGUCGUGGCGGCGUAUCCCCCUCCUGUAAUCGGAGUAGGACCCCAGGAUCUUACAGUAUCCCCAGGUAGUGUGGCCACUUUCCCCUGUGAAGCUGUAGUGAGGCUGCCCUCCGCUAUUUCCUGGACGUCCGGGCCGACGACGCCGGCAUCUACAGCUGCACAUCAACGCGGACACCGGCAGCGUGGAGCAGGCGGCGGUCCUGCGGGUGGAGGACGGCGCCCAGGACGCGGGCCGUUCCUGCUGCCGGCGCCGCCGUCCAAGCCGCGCCUCAUGGCUGUCAACCAGACCGCUGUGCACCUGAGCUGGCUGCCCAACUCCCAGAUGGGCGGAGGGUCCGACCAGACGUACACGGUGGAGUUCUGGCGCCAGGGUUGGGAGGAGUGGCGGGUGGCGGACGCCCUCAUCUCGCAGGAGUCGUGUGUGGUGGGCGGGCUGACGCCUGGCCACACCUACACCUUCCUGGUCCGUGCAGUCAACUCACGAGGGGCGUCGUUCCCGAGUCCCUGGUCUGACCCGGUCACGACCCGCUCUCCCCGCGACCCGAGUCUCACGGAGGACGAGGUCCGUCACGUUCGCCGCCGCCUCUCGCGCCCCGCCGUCACACUCACCGACGCCACAGUAACAUCAGCCAGUGAUAUUGUCCUCAACUGGAAGUUCCUAACAUCGACAGAAGAGUCAGUGGAGGGUGUCUUGGUGUAUGCUGAUAUAAUCAUUGCGCAAUUAAAAGUCCUCGAAACUCAACGAGCCGCAUCUCGUGAGAAAGAUCUGUCUCAUCCUCCAAGGAAGACAAAAGGCACCUGGCCAUUGCAUUUCCUCCUUAUCUAA